UUGGCUUUUGGCAAGGCGACCUUACCCUAGAAAUUACGCAACUCCGUUCUUAAGUCGGUUAACGCUGUCACUUGUCUUGCGUGCGCGUGAGUGGAAGAUGUGCGGGGAAUUUUGACUUAAUUUGUGAUUUUGACGUUUUUGUGUUUUCAAUAUGAUGCGCGUUGUGUUUUUGUUGUUUGCUGUGAAUUUGUGGAUGGCUGGAAGCGUGGAGUUUAGUGACACGCUGGACUCCGUGCCGCCUCUAUUUGACCUGGAUGACUGGGCGCGUUGUCGGCGUCCUGGUGAUGUGUACUGCGUAUUGGAAGCUGCCCUGGUCUCUGGGAAUCAGACGACGCUGCAGCUGCUAAAGGAUUACUCCUCACAAUCGCUACGCCACUUCAACCGCACGCUAGUCCAUCGCGGCGUGUGCGCCACGCGCUGCGAGGCCGAGGGGCCUGCGGAGACCCGCGCGCGGAGCUGCGUCAAUGAGGGCCUUCGGCCUUACGGUGUACAGCUACGUCACUUCAACCGCAUUCUGGUCCAUCGCGGCGUGUGCGCCACGCGCUGCGAGGCCGAGAGGCCGGCGAAGACUCGCGCGCGGAGCUGCGUCAAUGAGGGCCUGCGGCCUUACGGUGCACAGUUCAACAACACGCGUUCCCUAUGUGUGUCAGCAAAAACGUUAACUGGCAACGAUGCGCGUGCGCUGGCGAUAGUACUACUUGCGCUGGUGGUGUUGGCUGCUCUGGCCACUGCGACGCAUAUCAUCACUGACCGGUUUGAUGUCAAAUGCCCCAGAUUAGUGCUCGCUUUGUCUCUGCGACGCAACUGGCAGAUCCUGACGUACGAUCGUACGAAACCACGCAGCGAUCAGCGGAUGAAAGGCAUGGCUUGCAUGGAGGGUAUCAGAGUGAUGGGCAUGCAAUGUGUCAUCUUCGCGCACGUAUUGCUGCUGACAGGAACCUCUUUUAUCGACAAUCCGCAAUUUCUCGAACAUAUUUACGAGACAUUUACCGGACAAGCAGUAAUGAACUCCCCAGUGUGGCUGCAAGCAUUCUUCUGUCUCUCAGGCUUCUUGCUGUCCUAUUCUACCCUCAUCGGCGUCGAGAGCAGCCCCUUCACCCCGCUAAAGGCCCUUGUUGCUGUUGUUAACAGAUGGAUAAGACUAACGCCAGUCGCAGGCAUCAUGCUCUGGUUCACUAUCAGCUGGCUCCCACAGUUAGGCUCAGGUCCUCUGUGGGCCUGGUACGUGGACAGCGAAGCUGAAGCCUGCAGCGAACGCUGGUGGUACCACAUUCUUUACGUCCACAACUUUCUGCCACUGAACAAACUCUGCAUGGGACAUACUUGGUACCUAGCAGUAGACAUGCAGCUUCACAUCCUCGGCGUGCUGUUGCUGCUGGUGUUGGUGCGCUGCCGGAGCGUGGCGCUGCCGAUUCUGGGGACACUGCUGGCGUGGUCGGCCGUCGCGGCUGGCUUUGUUGUCUACUGGUAUCAGCUGACGCCGAUCAUCACUGCGCAGAGUCCUGAAGACCUCCGUACGCUCUUCUUCAAAUCCUUGAUUCUGCCGAAGCUGUACCUACCAAUGUGGAUGAACCUGGCGGGCUACGCGUGCGGGAUGGCGGCAGCGUUUGUGCUGUAUGAGAUCCAGAGGAAGGGCAUCAAGCUUAGAGACAGCAAGCUCUUCAACCUAAUCUUCCACCUCUCCCUACCCGUGGGCACGGCCAUCGUAUGGCUGGGUGUGUAUUUUCUCCAGGAUGAGACCCCACCACAGUGGGCCGCGAUCGUGUAUAGCGCGUUUGACCGCCCGCUUGUCGCCAUCUGCUUCGCUAUCUUCAUGCUCGGCUGUGUUACUAAAUGCAAAUUCCAGCACUUCAACCUAAUCUUGCACCUCUCCGUACCCGUGGGCACAGCGAUCGUAUGGCUGGGAGUGUCGUUUCUCCAGGAAGAGACCCCACCACAGUGGGCCGCGAUCGUGUAUAGCGCGUUUGACCGCCCGCUUGUCGCCAUCUGCUUCGCUAUCUUCAUGCUCGGCUGUGUUACUAAAUGCAAAUCGGCUCUACGCUCCAUGUUUGCGUGGAAAGGCUUCCAUACACUCGGGAGACUGUCCUACUGCGUGUUCCUCACACACUUCGUCAUCCUACGUGUCCUGGUCACCAGUAAUCCGCAGCUUGGUCACCCUACUACACUAUCUUUGAUAUCGCUGCUAAUAACGGCAUCUGUGUUGUCGCACCUGGCAGCUAUCCCUCUGUGUCUACUGGCGGAACUGCCGGCUAUCGAGCUGUUUAAGGCUGUGACGGAGAAGGAGCGGGUACCAGCGCCGGUAGGCUUGGAUCUUGUGGUUACCAAAUGGAUUGAGAACGUUUGA